AUGGCGGCAGCCCUGGAGAAGUUCUGCGGCUCUGUCUUUUGGAAUGCCUCGUAUCUCACGCGCCCGGAUGCUGACCUGCCGGAGUGCUUCCAGAAGACUGUGCUGGUCUGGAUCCCCCUUGGCUUCCUCUGGGUUUUCACUCCAUGGCAGCUCCUGCCCAUGUGCAAAUCCAAAGAGAAGAAAUCAUCUCUGACCAAAUUCUACAUCUUCAAACAGGUGCUCUCUGUGCUGCUGGUGCUGACGGCGAUGGCAGAGUUGGUGCUGGCAUUUCUGGAGGACACAGGGCAGGACUCCCCGCCAGCUGUCCACUACACAAACCCCAGCCUGUACAUCGUCACCUGGUUCCUGGUCCUGCUGAUCCAUGACACACGCCGGUUCUGCCUGCGCAGGGACUCGGGGAUACUUUUCUGCUUCUGGAUUCUGUCCCUGCUCUGUGGGAUAUUACCGUUCCAGUCCCUCGUCCGGAGAGCACUGCAGGACUCAAUCUCCGAUCUGCCACGGUUUGUCCUUUUCUUCAUCUCCUACGGGCUCCAGCUGCUGCUCUUCCUUCUCUCAGGCUUCUCAGAUGUUGCCCCAGAAGCAAAGGAAAUUACAAAGAAGAAUCCAGAGGUGACAGCCUCCUUCCUGAGCUCCAUCACCUUCGAGUGGUACAGCAGGAUGGUUUACAAGGGCUAUCGCAAGCCCUUAGAGAUCGAGGAUGUCUGGGACUUGAAAGAUAAAGACAAGAUACAGGCUAUUUAUGGUACUUUUGAGAAGAACAUGAAGACUGCAGUGAGGAAGGCCCAAGCAGAACUGGAGAAACGGAAACGUAAGAAAAGACACAGGGAAAGUGACCCAGACCACGGGAAUAGUAUGAGCAAGGCCCAGAGCCAAGACAUCUUGGUAAUGGAGGAGAAGCAGCCAAAGAAGAAGAAGAAGGGGGCCAAAGGCCCUCACAAGGAUUACCCCAGGGGCUGGUUGAUGAAAACUCUCUGUAAGACCUUCUGGCAGAACCUCCUACUCUCAGUGGCCUUCAAACUGGUGCACGAUGGACUUGUGUUCGUCAGCCCCCAGCUGCUGAAGCUGCUGAUCGCCUUUGUGUCGGAUGAGGAGGCGUUUGCCUGGCAAGGCUACAUGUAUUCCAUCCUGCUCUUCCUGACGGCACUGAUCCAGUCCCUCUGCCUGCAGCAAUACUUCAACUUGUGCUUCCAUCUAGGCACAAACGUGCGUGCCAGCCUCAUCGCUGCCAUCUACAAGAAGUCACUCACCAUGUCCAGCACCACCCGCAAGGAGUCCACGGUGGGAGAGACUGUGAAUCUGAUGUCUGCUGAUGCCCAGAGGUUCAUGGACAUGGCUAACUUCAUUCACCAGCUGUGGUCAUCCCCCCUGCAAAUUAUCCUGUCCAUUGUCUUCCUCUGGGGAGAGCUGGGCCCCUCUGUCCUGGCUGGCAUUGCAGUCAUGGUGCUGCUCAUCCCCAUCAAUGGGUUCCUGGUUGCUAAGGCUAAAACCAUUCAGGUGAGGAACAUGAAGAACAAAGAUGAGCGCAUGAAAAUAAUGAGUGAAGUCCUCAAUGGAAUCAAGAUUCUGAAGCUUUUUGCCUGGGAGCCCUCCUUUGAGAAGCGAAUCAACGAGAUCCGGGCACGUGAGCUGAAGGACCUGCUGAACUUCACCUACCUGCAGUCGAUCUCUAUCUUCGUGUUCACAUGUGCCCCCUUCCUGGUGUCCUUGGCGAGCUUUGCUGUCUACGUACUGGUGGACGAGAACAACGUCCUGGAUGCGCAGAAGGCCUUUACUGCCAUCUCCCUUUUCAAUGUGCUGCGCUUCCCCAUGGCCAUGCUGCCUUUGGUCCUCUCCUCCCUGGUGCAGACCAAUGUCUCGACAGAGAGGCUGGAGCGGUACCUGGGUGGAGAAGAGCUGGACACCUCAGCUAUUCAUCACGACCCCAUUUCAGGCAGCGCUGUGCGUUUCUCAGACGCCACGUUUUCCUGGGAGCAGGAUGGCAACGCUGCGAUAAGAGAUGUCACUCUGGACAUCACACCUGGGAGCCUGGUGGCUGUGGUGGGUGCUGUGGGCUCGGGCAAGUCUUCCCUGGUGUCAGCCAUGCUGGGGGAGAUGGAGAAUAUCAAGGGACACAUCAACAUCCAGGGCUCCCUGGCCUAUGUCCCCCAGCAGGCCUGGAUCCAGAAUGCCACACUGAAAGACAACAUCCUUUUUGGGUCGGAGCUGGAUGAAGCAAGGUAUCAGCAGGUCAUCAAGGCUUGCGCCCUCCUUCCAGACCUGGAGCUGCUGCCUGCAGGGGACCAGACGGAGAUUGGAGAGAAGGGCAUUAACCUGAGUGGGGGCCAGAAGCAGCGGGUCAGCCUGGCCCGGGCUGUGUACAGUAACGCGGACAUCUAUGUCCUGGAUGACCCCCUCUCUGCCGUGGAUGCACAUGUGGGCAAAUACCUUUUCGAGCACGUGCUGGGGCCAAAAGGACUGCUGCAGAAGAAGACACGGAUCUUGGUGACACACGGUAUCAGUUUCCUGCCCCAGGUUGAUAACAUCGUGGUGCUGGUGGCAGGAGCAGUGUCUGAACACGGCUCCUACAGCACCCUGCUUGCAAACAGGGGGGCCUUUGCCCAGUUCCUGAACUCCUAUGGCAACAAGGAGGAGGAGGCUGCAGAGAAAAAUACCUCAGCUGUUGCUUUAGAGGAGGUUGAAGAGCAGAGCGAUGAAACUCUUGAGCCUUGUGCGGAGGAAGGGCCUGAUGAUGUGGUGUCCGCGACGCUGAAGAGAGAGGCCAGCGUCCAUCGGAGAGAGUUCGUUCGCAGCCUCAGUACAAAGAGCACCAGUUCCUGGAAGAAGUCCCAGGAGGAGCCCCCUAAGAAAGUGAAGGGCCAGCAGCUGAUCGAGAAGGAAGCUGUGGAAACUGGCAAGGUGAAAUUCUCCAUGUACCUGCGGUACUUGCGUGCUGUUGGCUUGGGGUAUUCUUUCUGGGUUGCCAUGGGCUUCGUCGGUCAGUACGUUGCCUACGUGGGGACCAACCUGUGGCUCAGCGCCUGGACUGACGAUGCGGAGCGCUACCAGAACCAGACCUACCCCGUGCAGCAGCGAGACCUGCGGAUCGGGGUCUUCGGGGCGCUGGGGGUGUCACAAGCUCUCUUCCUGCUCUUUGCAACUAUCCUGUGUGCUCACGGCGCCGUGCGGGCCUCCCGCAUUAUGCAUCAGCGACUACUCAGCAACAUCCUGCGUGUGCCCAUGAGCUUUUUUGACACAACCCCCACUGGCCGCAUUGUGAAUAGGUUUGCCAAGGACAUCUUCACAGUAGAUGAGACCAUUCCCAUGUCCUUCCGCAGCUGGCUCUCCUGUUUCAUGGCUAUCAUUAGCACAUUGCUCAUGAUCUCCUUGGCCACCCCAUUCUUCACUAUAAUUGUCGUUCCCUUGGGCAUCUUCUACUAUUUUGUGCUGCGCUUCUACGUCUCCACGUCACGCCAGCUGCGGCGUCUGGACUCUGUCACCAGGUCUCCCAUCUACUCCCACUUCGGUGAGACAGUGUCAGGCCUUUCUGUCAUCCGGGCCUAUGGACACCAGGAGCGGUUCAUAAAGCAGAAUGAGAGCACAAUGGACAUCAAUCAGAAAAGUGUUUAUUCCUGGAUUGUCUCAAAUAGGUGGCUGGCCAUCCGUCUGGAGUUUGUUGGGAGCCUGGUGGUCUUCUUUUCUGCACUUCUAGCUGUGAUUUCGAAGGGCACUUUGGAUGGGGGCAUCGUGGGUCUCUCCAUCUCCUCCGCCCUCAAUGUGACCCAGACAUUGAACUGGCUGGUGCGGAUGUCUUCAGAGCUGGAGACGAACAUUGUGGCUGUGGAACGGGUACAUGAGUACACAAAGGUGAAGAGAGAGGCUGCAUGGGUGACAGAAAAACGUCCUCCCCAAGGCUGGCCCAGCAAGGGUGAGAUCCAGUUCAUUGACUACAAAGUUCGUUACCGACCUGAACUGGAGCUGGUUCUUCAGGGGAUCACCUGUAAUAUUGAGAGUACUGAGAAGGUUGGGGUUGUGGGCCGGACAGGGGCUGGCAAGUCCUCCCUCACCAAUUGCCUCUUCCGGGUGCUGGAGGCUGCGGGAGGGAAGAUUGUCAUCGACGGGGUGGAUAUAGCGACAAUCGGCCUCCACGACCUGCGCCAGAACCUCACAAUCAUCCCGCAGGACCCCGUGCUCUUUACCGGCACCCUGAGGAUGAACUUGGACCCCUUUGACCAGUACACUGAUGAAGAGGUCUGGAAGGCCCUCGAGCUGGCUCACCUGAAGGCAUACGUGCAAGACCUUCCCGAGAGGCUGCAAUAUCGUGUGAGCGAGGGAGGGGAGAACCUGAGUGUUGGGCAGAGACAGCUCGUGUGCCUGGCCCGGGCCCUUCUCCGCAAAGCCAAGAUCCUCAUCCUGGAUGAGGCAACAGCAGCUGUAGAUCUAGAGACAGAUCACUUAAUCCAGACAACGAUCCGGAGCGCGUUUGCUGACUGCACUGUCCUUACCAUCGCCCACCGCCUCCACACCAUCAUGGACAGCAACAGGGUGAUGGUGAUGCAGGCAGGGAGGAUUGUGGAAUACGACAGCCCUGAGGAGCUCCUUCAGAAGCAGGGCAUCUUCUCUGCAAUGGCAAAGGAUGCUGGCAUCACGAACAUAGAAACCACCAUGCUGUAGGUGGAGCAGAUGUAAGUGGAGCGAAGCAGCGUGCAGGUGAGCAGCUCUCUCCUGCUUGGACUCACCAACCCGGCACCUGGAUCUCCCUGCAGCUGGACUGCCUGGGAACUUGUGCCUCUGCAGCUGGGAAGCGAAGGGGAGAGAGUGGCUUCUCUGGCUGUCAGGGACAGAAGAUAAGGACUUGAGCUGUUACCCUUGCUGCCACACUCUGCCUGCUGUGCACAAGGGUCUGGAGCUGCGUAACUCACUGCAGUAGAGAGGGGAAAGUUACAUCAGGCAGGGAGACCACAGCCCCUUGUGGGUCUUAGUUUUUGUGUUCAAUAUACCAAGGGAAGCUAGCUGAGAGAUGCUGUAGCAUUGUGGAAUGAAAUUUACAGUUUAAUCUAAGAGUGAAUGUUAUAAUUUA